AUGUCCGACGUUACGGCCCCGAUUGAACUCCCUGUUAUUGACAUUUCCGAUCCACAUGACCCUGCCGUAGGCAAGGCGAUGCUGGAUGCUGCUGCAAAGUAUGGUUUCCUCUAUGUGAAUAGCAAGGGCUCCGACUUUACCGUUGAGGAUGUGGAUCGUGGGUUCGGCUUGUCGAAGAAGUUCUUCGCAUCUCCCGCUGCGGAGAAGGAGCCAUGUCGCAUCACGCCCAAUAACCGGGGGUGGUCCGGGAUGCAUACGGAGACACUCGAUCCUGAGCACCAGCGGACCGGAGACUUUAAAGAAGCCAUGAACUUCGGCGACUUCAAAGAUGGCAAAGCCCAACAACCACUACCGGCAUCACUAGUCCCGCACGAGUCCGAGAUCCAUGACUUCGCAAAGCUGUGCAACAAGACCUGCACUCGGGUCCUGAACCUACUCGCUCUUGGCCUGGAGAUGCCCUCCGACUUCUUCACCACCCGCCACGACCCCAGCAAGGGCCCAACAGGCAGCAUCUUGCGAUACUUGUACUAUCCAUCGAUCUUUUCACCAGCAACAGCAUCCUACAAGCACGACAAGGACGUGCGAGCCGGCGCACACUCCGACUACGGCAGCAUCACGUUGCUCUUCCAGCGACCCGGACAGCCGGGACUGGAGAUCUUGACUCCGGAAGGAUCCUGGGCGCCGGUUCCUAUCGUACCAGGUCCACAGCCCGAUGCGUUCCCGUUCCCACCUAUCCUGGUAAAUAUCGGUGACCUGUUGAGUUAUUGGACUGAUGGACUGCUCAAGUCGACUGUGCAUCGGGUUGUGUUUCCGUUGGCGGAGCAGCGGAGCCCGAAUCCUCAGGAUCGGUAUACGCUUGUGUACUUCUGCCACCCGGUGGAUUCGACGGAGCUGGUGCCCGUUCCUAGUAAGGUUGUGACGGAGCAUCGGGAGCGGAGCGGUGGAGUUGGCGUGGUUGGGUUUGGUGGCGGUGCGGGCUCUUUGGAGCCGGGGAAGAGACCGUUGACUGCGCAGGAGCAUUUGGAGUCGCGGCUGGCGGCGACGUACGGAUUUACGAAGGAGUAA